CUGGCUGAAUCCUUGCAAUUGUCACCGCAACAGGCGCAAAUAAGGUUGCACAAGACUGGCUCAACUAUACCUUACAUCGGCAUAGUAAAUUUAAUUUUAUGUCAGAUCGUUACAAAUAAACAUUAUCAGUUUUCCCAUACCCAAUCUCAGAUCAUACGACAUUUGACCCCAGACAAACGAAAUGUGGCUUCUUACAAUAAUCUUAUUAACAAAUAUUUUAAUGGCAACGUCAAAAAUAUAUGACAGUCCGGCCUAUUUCAGAAAUAUUCUAAUAGAAAAGGAACUAAAAAUGAUGGUCGGUCAUUCAAUUGAACUCUAUGAUAAUGAAUUAGAAGCUAAUGAAAUAAUAAUGGACCUUAAGCGUAAAGAAAUAGACUAUGGUUUCUGGAAUCCCAAAUACUAUAAUCUAUCGAAGCAUUUCUUCGAAUAUAAAGACCUAGUGAAAGAUACUAAAUUGUACAAAAUACUGAAGAGUAUGCCUAAGGGUGCAGUACUCCAUGGGCACGACACAGCUAUGCUCGGUCCAGACUAUGUACUUAAAUUAACUUACUGUAACGACUUGUGGAUAUGUUUCAAGGAAGACCAGUCCGAUGUAAGCUUUAUUUUUUCCAAAAACCAUCCUACUGGACGAUGUGAAACUAAAUGGGAACGAACAAAGGACAUUAGAAGAACUAUGAAUGUUACAGAAUUUGAUGCCAAACUUAGACAGUUCUUUACUCUGGUGAUUGACAAUCCUGAAGAAGUUUACACCGAUGUGAAUACGGUAUGGGAAUAUUUCUCAAAGUAUUUUGCCCGUACGGAACCUCUGUUCACUUAUAAACCAGUGUGGGAGAAGUAUUAUUACGAUACGUUACUUGCUUUAAGAGAAGACAACGUCAUGUACUUUGAAAUUAGAAGUGUGUUGCCACCAUUGUACGACUUAGAAGGCAAUAUUUAUGACUCUGUAGACACAGCCAAAAGUUACAGGCGAGUGACAGAUAAAUUCAAGAAAGAUUAUCCCGAUUUCUUCGGUGCCAAACUGAUUUAUGCUCCUGUAAGAUCGGUGACCAGGGAGACUUUGAAAAAUUAUAUUAAAAUAGCUAAAGAAAUUCAUGAGCUAAUGCCUGAUUUCCUUGCGGGUUUUGAUUUAGUCGGUCAAGAGGAUUUGGGAAGGCCGUUAAAGGAUUUUUAUCCCGAAAUAGCAAAUAUCGGCCUGAAUUUGUAUUUUCAUGCAGGCGAAACAAAUUGGUACGGUACAAGUACAGAUGAGAACUUAUUUGAUGCUGUACUUCUUGGCACAAAGAGGAUUGGGCAUGCAUAUGCUUUAGUGAAGCAUCCUUUGUUAAUGGAAGAGGUCAAGCAGAGAAAAAUAGCUUUAGAAGUUAAUGUCAUUUCAAAUGUCGUUUUGAAAUUAGUCGAUGAUGUAAGGAAUCAUCCGCUAGCUACGUACUUGAGUCAAGAUCUGCCUGUAGUACUAUCGAGCGACGAUCCAGGUGCUUGGGAAGCUGAGAUUUUGACUCAUGAUUUUUAUGUUGCCUUCGUGGGAGUGUCUAGUCGGCACGCAGAUCUUAAAAUGUUGAAGCAGUUGGCUUUGAAUUCUCUAUACUAUAGUUCAUAUAGUGAAAAGGAUAAAUUGGUGCAUGAAUUCCAAAUCCGUUGGAUGAACUUCAUUGAUUCAAUUGUUAAAGAUCAAUGAAUU